GCCAUCUUGAAUUUGAUCCACGUGGAGUUGUUUUUACGGCUGCGCUUCCAGGCAAAGCCGCUGUUCGGACUAGCUAUGUUGUCACUGUCACAUACAGUUUGUAAGGAAAAGUAACUAUUUCUCUCUUUUUUGGACAUCAUGAGCAAUAUAUACAUCCAGGAACCCCCUACAAAUGGAAAGGUAAGAUGCCUAUGUCCAUAAUUAUUAGAAAAUAAACUGAUGUCGAUCUGAUCGACAUUGGGCAUGGUUUCAUUCAGUACUUUUUGUCUCCUUUUCAAAAAUUUGUAAACUAUUAAAAUAAUUAUUUGAUAAAUUAAAUUUUGUAAUUUAUUUUAGGUGCUUCUCAUCACAACAUGCGGUGAAAUUGAUAUUGAACUGUGGUCAAAAGAAGCCCCAAAAGCUUGCAGAAAUUUCAUUCAGCUCUGUUUAGAAGGGUAUUAUGAUGGGACUAUCUUUCAUAGAAUUGUCAAAGGUAAAAGCUAAACAAUAAAACCAAAUUGUCAUGUCAGGGCUAGUGAUACUAUUGGAUGAGGGUCUUUUGAACUAUAUUGAUCUCAAAUAUGCUUUCAGUCACUUAAACAAUCAGAUCGUGGCCAAUUAUCUUGUAAAUGAAAAAUGCAUGAUUUGGAUAUAUAUACAAAUGCAAAGGAUUAAAAGUAAGUUAUAACGUGGGGUUUCAUGCACUAAGUGAUCACCAGACUAAAAGUUCUAAAAACAGAUUUCAGGUGGAAAUUUAAAAUUCAUGGACGGUUGGAGAAGAACGUUCUGUGAUUGGUUGCGAAGACACAUUUAGCAGGUUUAGCAUCUCUUGUCAUACAAUAACAAUGUAAGCCAUGGAUCUUGUUUUCUUUUAUUUCAGGAUUUUGUGUCCAAGGAGGAGACCCAACUGGAACAGGAAUGGGUGAGCAAGAAAUUUGAUUCCAGUAAGAGUAAUUAGGAAAACCAAAGUAUGUUGAAACCAACCCAGGGUUUUGCACUUGCUCUUGGGCAACUAGAAAAUCAUCCUUACCUUGUUUCGUCUUCUUCUUGAUGGAGGAAGAGAAAAAGAGGCUCUGACAGAAUCAUGACAAUCCUUUGAAGUAGUUGCAGCCCAAACUUCUGGACUAGUCAAUCUUGUUUUCUCUUGUCAAACUAGGUUUUUGUGUGUGUAUCCAUUUAUGGAUACAACGAUGUUCAUAACAGAACCUGCUGUACCGAGGGCAGGUACAGGUAUGUAUUAGGCCCGGUUUUGAAACUGUAUCCUAGCAACGUUUAAAGCGUACUCAACAACUUACUUGAUGACUGUCCUGGUCUUGAGAAAAAAUAUGCAUACUGGUCCUUUAGUUUGCAUGUAGUGAGAAACCAAUGUACUUUUUCUAUAGCUCUAACAGUUUAUAUGUUUUUUCUAUGCAUUAAUACAGGAGGGGAGUCCAUUUAUGGUCAGCCAUUCAAGGUGAAUAUAAAUUAUAUCUUGUUUAAACUGGUAAUCAUUGAAUGAUGAUGAUGAUGAUGAUGAUGAUGAUGGUAGUGGUGGUGGGGGGGCCAGUGCUGCUGGGGUGCUGGUGGUGACUGAGCUGGUACUGCUGUGGUGGUGGUGGUGGUGCUACUGCUGCUAUGGUGGUGGUGGUGGUGGUGAUGGUGAUAAUGGUGGUAGUGCUCAUAUUGAUUCUGGUGUUGCUUUUGGUAUUGCUGGUGCUGGUGGAUGGUGAUGAUGAAGAUGAUGAUGAUUAUAAUUUGGGAAAAUUUCAAUUCCAAACUAUGUCUUAAAAUUAUUGUCUUUGGCAAAAUAAUUUAUUUACAUUGAGUGACAAAAUAUUAUUAAUAUUGCUGAUGUUAUAUUAUUUUUAUAUAUGCUCUGCAGUCUUGUAUUAUCUCAAAGGUGGCUAGUGAAGUGGGCUUGAGUAAUAUUGUGUGACAACAAAUUUAAAUUCCAAUUAAAUAUGCAGGUAACAGAUCAAAACAUCUCAACAUGUAGGGGAAAUCCAGUUGGUCAUUUGAAGAGUAGUAAAACUUUGAGCUACCUAUUUAAGGAAAAUUCAGUUUGGCUUGAGUGGGACUUAUACCUUGACUGUGAUUAUGCUGUAUUGCUCUUUUUAUUUAUAAAAUAACUAAGAUAGUACGCGUGCUCUGAUUGGCCGAGAGGCAUGUUUGCAUGACAGUAUGGUUGUGACGUCAAGACUUUGUCUCGGGUUUGCAUAACUGUCUCAAAUUCUCCCAACCCCCCUUGUGUUUAUAUCAGGCUAUGCAAACAUGGAAAAUGUUUUCUAUUACUUUGUCUCCCAACCCUUUUUUUUGUAGGAUGAAUUUCACCAAAGAUUACGGUUUGUACGUCGAGGGUUGGUUGCUAUGGCUNCUGUGGUGGUGGUGGUGGUGCUACUGCUGCUAUGGUGGUGGUGGUGGUGGUGAUGGUGAUAAUGGUGGUAGUGCUCAUAUUGAUUCUGGUGUUGCUUUUGGUAUUGCUGGUGCUGGUGGAUGGUGAUGAUGAAGAUGAUGAUGAUUAUAAUUUGGGAAAAUUUCAAUUCCAAACUAUGUCUUAAAAUUAUUGUCUUUGGCAAAAUAAUUUAUUUACAUUGAGUGACAAAAUAUUAUUAAUAUUGCUGAUGUUAUAUUAUUUUUAUAUAUGCUCUGCAGUCUUGUAUUAUCUCAAAGGUGGCUAGUGAAGUGGGCUUGAGUAAUAUUGUGUGACAACAAAUUUAAAUUCCAAUUAAAUAUGCAGGUAACAGAUCAAAACAUCUCAACAUGUAGGGGAAAUCCAGUUGGUCAUUUGAAGAGUAGUAAAACUUUGAGCUACCUAUUUAAGGAAAAUUCAGUUUGGCUUGAGUGGGACUUAUACCUUGACUGUGAUUAUGCUGUAUUGCUCUUUUUAUUUAUAAAAUAACUAAGAUAGUACGCGUGCUCUGAUUGGCCGAGAGGCAUGUUUGCAUGACAGUAUGGUUGUGACGUCAAGACUUUGUCUCGGGUUUGCAUAACUGUCUCAAAUUCUCCCAACCCCCCUUGUGUUUAUAUCAGGCUAUGCAAACAUGGAAAAUGUUUUCUAUUACUUUGUCUCCCAACCCUUUUUUUUGUAGGAUGAAUUUCACCAAAGAUUACGGUUUGUACGUCGAGGGUUGGUUGCUAUGGCUAACGCUGGUCCUAAUGAUAAUCAAAGCCAGUUCUUCUUCACCCUUGGAGCCACACCCGAGUUGAAUGGAAAGCAUACAAUAUUUGGAAAGGUAAUGUUGAAGAGCUCCCUGCAAAAAUGGCCCCUCUAACAUGGAAAUGAGGGGGUAUGUUGGUAUGUUGAAUGCUGUGUAAAUUUUUCCUUUUAAGGUUGCAGGAAAUACAAUUUACAACAUGAUUAAGAUGGAGGACUGUGAAGUUGAUGGAGAUGACAGGCCACUUUUUCCACCGAAAAUCAAGAAAACUGAGGUGUGAUCAUGAACUGUUAUUGUUAGUCACUUUUUCAAAAAGGUGUAUAUAGUUUUCAUUUAGAAAACCCUGCUUUUGCAAGAUAAUAGGAAUUUGUGUGCUACUGUAAAGUGUGGAGGUGACAAAAACAAAGAUGAGUGCUAGACUUGUUAAGUCCAUAUUGUGUGCAUUUGUGUAUUUUUAGAAAAUCCCCAUAUUCCACCCUCACCACAAAAGGUAUUGGAAAUUCCUUAGGGGCGGGGGGAGAGGUGGGUUAAGGAAAGGGGUCUUUGAAAAAGCCAGAGUAACCAACUUAAAACAUAAGUACAUAAUCACAUAGAAAGGUUGUGAGCAUUAUUUAUAAACAUUAUGAUCCACCAGAGAAAAAUGCUUUGAUCAUUUAACAAAUUCUCUCAACUAUUUCUUUAAGAAAAUGUAUUGGGAUCUGAGUUUGGAGAAGUUGUCUGUGGAAACUGGAGCUUGAAGGGCUCUAAUAUAAUUAUUAAAGAACCUCUUUAGUGACCUCUCUAAAUAGUUAUAUUUUAUUACCUUUUCUUGUUAGAUCUUGCAUAAUCCCUUUGAUGACAUUGUUCCAAGGCAGACAAAAGAGGAAAUUAAAGUAACAAGGGAAGAAAAGAAAAGAAAAGUUAAAGGAACAAAGUAAGGCUCUUCAAGGGUUUCAAGAAUUUAAUCACUUGUGAUUAUGUCAUCGUACAAGAGAGUGUUCAGUUCAGUGCAAUGGCUGAUCAACAAAUCAUUGCUUUUGACAGGAAUUUCAGUCUGUUGUCAUUUGGCGAGGAGGCUGAAGAAGAUGAAUCAACAGUGGCCUCAGUUUCUAAGGUUGGAUUACUUAAUACUGUAUUAAAAUAUUUUUUCAUGAAUUUUGUUGCCAUAAAUAUGAUAUAUAUAUGAGAAGAGUCAUUUCUUCUCUUACCCAUGAAAAUCAUGUCCUCCCAACUAGCUGCCAUUGCUUUUCGUUUCUUUGAUGUCAUUGUUUCUUUUCUCAUAACAGCACUAUUGAUCAUUAUUAUGUUUUGUAGUUUUCAAUGUUACACAUACAUUAAUUUGACACGCUUGUAAACAACCCAGGAAUGUCCAGGUAAAAUGAUAGGGAUGCUUGUUUAAUUUAACUGCAUAGUUUUGCUUACUGGUUCAUAGACAAUGAAAAUGAAGAGCAGUCACGAUGUAUUGCAAGAUCCAAAGCUGAGUUCACAGCCAGUUGUUGACACUACAGCUGCUGUGUUAAAGGUAUGAUAGGCUACAGCUGUCUGCAUAUUGGUAAUAUGAUGUAGAAUCGUCCAUGAUAGCCUGCAAGCAAGCUCUCCGGGGCACUCUGGCAGGGGGGCGGGAAAAAGAAGGAGAGCUUGCAACUACAACUCUGGAAUUUGAAUAUCUGCAUCGAAAAAGCCGAUGGGAAAUGCUGAUUGGCAGAGAUGACAUAAGUUGUGUUAUUAUUAAAUUAGGCUGAAGAAAUAUUUCGUUUCUAUUGCAAAAAGAUCCUCCAUUCGUGUACUACCGAUUCCUCGCGGCCCCAGUUCGAGCAAAUCGAGAUUUUUUCUAGUAUACGGACUGUAUAUUUGAACUGUAAGUACUAUCCUUAAUAUACGCGCGAGUUUCUAGGGUGCCUCCUCGGGAUUUCGCCUGUUUCGCCUCUGGGCGAAAUCCCUGCGGGGGCAAAAAUACUAAUUCCACUCUGCACGUAUUGAACAUACAAUUGCUUUCAAAAAUUCCUGGUUACGUAGUCAUUCAAAGCAUCUCACAAAUUAAUAGUCAACAGCAAAAAUAACAGCGAACGGAAAGCAAUUUUUCGCGUAAUGCUUCGCAACCGAAGAUAAUUUACAGUGCUCGCAGUCUAUGUGAAUCCUGGCAAGCAACAGUCUUUGACCUCUUGUAAGAUGCAAAAUCACAUGACCCCCCCGCCCCCCCCCCGCGCCGCCCCCCCCUGGCAACGCAAACACCCCCAACAACGCGGCGCGUAGCUCACUCGACUUGUGUCAGUUUCCACCCUCUGACGCUCUGUGAUGUCGAAGACCCUUCCCUNCACUCUGGCAGGGGGGCGGGAAAAAGAAGGAGAGCUUGCAACUACAACUCUGGAAUUUGAAUAUCUGCAUCGAAAAAGCCGAUGGGAAAUGCUGAUUGGCAGAGAUGACAUAAGUUGUGUUAUUAUUAAAUUAGGCUGAAGAAAUAUUUCGUUUCUAUUGCAAAAAGAUCCUCCAUUCGUGUACUACCGAUUCCUCGCGGCCCCAGUUCGAGCAAAUCGAGAUUUUUUCUAGUAUACGGACUGUAUAUUUGAACUGUAAGUACUAUCCUUAAUAUACGCGCGAGUUUCUAGGGUGCCUCCUCGGGAUUUCGCCUGUUUCGCCUCUGGGCGAAAUCCCUGCGGGGGCAAAAAUACUAAUUCCACUCUGCACGUAUUGAACAUACAAUUGCUUUCAAAAAUUCCUGGUUACGUAGUCAUUCAAAGCAUCUCACAAAUUAAUAGUCAACAGCAAAAAUAACAGCGAACGGAAAGCAAUUUUUCGCGUAAUGCUUCGCAACCGAAGAUAAUUUACAGUGCUCGCAGUCUAUGUGAAUCCUGGCAAGCAACCGUCUUUGACCUCUUGUAAGAUGCAAAAUCACAUGACCCCCCCGCCCCCCGCCCCCACCGCCGUACUAUGGAGACGCAAUGUACAGAAAAAGGUGGAAGAUGAGUUUAUUGGAUUUGUGUCGCUCUUCCUACUCUACGUCUUUUGGCUGUCAAAGGUCGUGACGUUAUACACUCGACUGGAAAAACGUUGUCCUUUGUAAGCUAUAGUGAGAACCAAAGGAAAAGUUAGAUUACGCCAAAUAAAAGACGAAACUAAAACUAGACUACAUCUGCGGCCUAAUAAAUAAAGUGAUCCCUCCCCUCUGUUUUGUUUCAAAUUUAUGGUUGCUUCGCGUUCCUCGUAGUCUGCGAAAACAGACGUUUCUCCUUGUUCAUCGCCGCUGGGGCACGUUUCGCGAGGAGGUAACGUCGCAAGCGGCGAGGAUCGAGGAGAAACGUCUGUUUUCGCAGGCUACGUUCCUCGAGAUUUUUGCUUCUCAUGGCUCCGUCGCUCACAAAACUAAUAUUUGUGGUUCCCUUAGUACGGCGCCGCUUAACAGGGUAUGGUUUUUUGGGCCUCACCAUUUCACCUCUUGAACAGGGUGUAUUUUUGGAUUAAAUUAACUGCAAAAACCGUGGACGAAGAUCCUGCUAGUUGUAAACGUUGGAUCUCUAGAAAAGAGAUCUAAUCAGCCAAAAUAUAAGGAACCAAGAACGAGAAGUCCAAAGACUACUGGAAAGCUGAUUUAAGACAACGUGUAUUGUUUUUUAUAACAAUAUUUUGGCUGGCCAUACCAGCCUUCCUCAGGUUUACAGAUGUUACAGAACUUAUGUAGCAAUCACAAUAUUACAUAAACGGAGAAUGUCGCAAUAAAAAUUGUUUAAAAGGGAGAGGCGAAAUGACGUACAACACAAAAACUGGAAAGGAAAAUACUAACUGAAGAGAUGGAUUACAAUAAUUCGUCACGGCGGUUUAGGCCAUGAGGUUCAAGGGUCAUAGCCUUAUCUAUCAAAUGCGACUCCCUGGGCUUACGAACUGAGUAUCUUGAAGAAUGAAUUUUCUCUAGUGGGAUUAACUGCAUGUCAGUAUGAGAAUGUAUUUUUGGAACGGGAGGCUUAAAAACGGAUUGUGAGGGUUAGAGAUGCGGGGUCUUCCCAAGUGGUACUUACAAUGUAUUUUCAAAAAAUCUAACUCCAUGAUGUUUGGUUAAAAAACACCAAUUUUUUUGUGUGAAACGAAAUGAAUCAGGAUUGUGAAAGUUAGUCUCAAGCAAGGUGCGGCACAAGCUCUACCAUGCCACCCGCCCCCCAGCAGUGGAUUGUUUACACUAGAUGACCCCUUACAUGACAAAGUAAACGAAAGCAACUUCCUUCUUCAUUCAAGAGAUCAUGGAGCACUGAGUAACUGCUGCAAGAACAGGGCGGAUAAAGGUUGGGCGGUGAAACGAGCGUGUCCGAGCAAAAAGGUGUGAUGCAGUGGACUGGGACUCUACUUAGAAAUGUCGCUUGUUUAUUCGCUUGUUUUCGACUUCGGUCAGGGCUUGGGAUGUGGUUUGUACAUUAGACACUGCCGCUGUCACUGAAUUAUGGUGGCUUGAUUUGUUUUCUUGCACUUCUUCCUCGUUCCUUUGUGCUGGUACGCUGUCUCCGAGAGGCAAAUGUUGCUAUUUUUUGCGAGAGGUUUUAUAGUUGGAGUAGACAAACAUCUCCUUUCAAAGGGUUUCAGUUAUUACUUCCAUGACUCUACAACUGAAAUAUAUUUUCGUUCUGUUACUCGCCAACGUCGAUGUUAUUCCAAAACAAAAACAACUAAAUGCUGUCUAAACCACGAAGGAAAAUCUCAUCCAUGUCAUCCAUGGCAAAACUAAAAGACAGCAGAUCGUGUUUCAUCCCCUCUAUGACGUGUAUUUUAUAAAUGCGUGCAGCUCGUGCAAGGCGAAAGUAUGCUAAUUUCAAUCACCAUCAUCCUUCUUUUUAAUUUUGAAAAAAAAAACAUCUCAUACGUCUUUCUGUUUCUUCGAAACUUCAAAAUUAGUUUCCCCUCAGUUUUUACUGUUUACCUUGUUUUGUUUUAGAGAGAAAAACGGAGAAAAAACCUUACAACUAACCUCAAUAAAGUUUGUUUACAUGUGGUUGCCAGAUUUGCAACGCAUUGCGCGAAUCGCCAUGGCGCGUUGCACCCGAGAAGCAAAGUUUGAAGAAGUACAACGCCACUAUAUCAAUAUAUAUCAAUCUAAUUUUUUGUUAUGUUAUAUAAAAUUUAUCCCCCUUUAACAUAUGUAAAAAUUGAGGUUAAGAAGUGUUAAGCUUUUGCAAACGAAACGGCGAAAGACGAUUAGGUGAUAUUUAGUGGAACGAGGAGGUAUUCAACACUUUCAAAUUAGACUCAAAUUUUGGCAUUAUACGACCAACAAGUUUGACUUAUAGAUGUACAGACACAAACAUAUGAAACUGUUUACUGAUAUUGUUCUGAAACGAAUUUAUCUAUUUAACACUGUAGCCUGAAAUUACAGAAAGAAAAUAGGAUUUCCGGUUUGCAAAAAGGAAAAUUUCGCCGGCCUUCAAGCGCACCGGAAGCGCGGAAAGAGCGCUCGUGCCAGUCCUACUCCGCAUCACACAUUAAAUGAAGAGCGGAGCGCUCGUUUCACCGCCCAAGCUUUAUCCGCCCUGUGCAAGAAGGUACAUACAUGAACGUGUUGUCAACAACUGGAAAGAUUGGACCUGUGAAGACUCAUAAAAUACGCGAUCGUAGAAUGUGGAUCGUAACUAAACCCUAUGAGGCAUGCAGUAUUCAAUCAGUGAUGUGUUAGGAGACGAAGGAAGAAAGGCUUUGGAUGCUUGUGUGAAGGUCAAGAUUUUCGGAUGGCCAGAAAACAUUGCAAAAUAUCACUGGGAUAAAGCUUGGAAGCGAAUAGAAGAAUGCUAUGAGGGAUAUCCGAGUCUGAAUUAUGGAGGUUAUGGGUUCCUGCAGCGUCUGAUACUUCCUACAGAAACGAGCGAUCGCGGAGGACCAAGUGAGGAGAAAAUUUGUGACAUAAUUGACAUCCAUAAUGGCUUGGAGAUUUUGGAUAAAAUGCGUUAUGUUGAGAAAUAUCCCAAACCAGGACCAGGGUCUGAAGAAAGAAGGAAGUCGAUUGAUGGAAGAAGAGCCGAUGUUGAAAGAGAGUUUGAGGAAGCUCGUGCUAACCCAGAAGCUGAAAGGUACAAGUAUUCCUGGCUUGUCGCACAGCGCCGCGUUCGUGAUUGUUUUGCUGGUAGCUUUGCAGGGGAUUUGACAUUUCUUAACUAUGAAUCUACGGACCCAAAUAAACUUUAUGACAUUGUUGACAUUCAUGAUGCAGUAUUGUAUUAUGAUAGAGCAACACGUUUUGACAAAUUCUAUUGUGAUGUGUAUCGUCUCCCUUACAUUUUUUUUCCAAGUCCAGUAAGAGUGGAAGAAGAAAGAGAAAAUAUUAAAAAAGAGCUGGUUGAAGCUGAACUCUAUCGUGAUAUUAAACCUUCUGAGUAUUCUAAAGCAGAAGCAGAUCAGCGAGUAAGAAAUUGCUAUACUUACUACCCAAGAAAUGAAGAGAUUUUUCCCAUGAAAUUGGAGGAGUGCAUGUCCCACUUCAAGCAGACUUACAACAUUUUUGAUAUUCAAAAAGCAGUUGAACAUUAUGAUAAAAUGAAACUUGUUCAAAAAUACCCAGAAGAUGCAGGACCAGGCACUGAUGAACUAAAAAAGUCAAUUGAAAAAAACAAUUUAGAAGUGAAAAAGGAGUUUGAGGAGGCCAUGUGUGGCUCGCGCAAAUAUUCAAAGAGUGAUGCAGAGAAAAUGCUUAGAGAUUGCUUUCUGGACAAUUGGCCAGAAGAAGUUGGUGAAUUAUUAAGAAGGGAAUCAAACAUCAACCAAACUUACAAUAUCUGCGAUAUUCACAAAAUGUUAGUUCAUCUUGAUGCAAGGGAAGGACAAGAAAAGUUAACUGGUCACCUGACUACUAAAGAAUUGAUCAAGCAUCCAGAGGAUACAAAAGUGACAGAAAUAAAGAAAAACAGAGAUGCAAUUACAAGGGAGUUUGAGGUAAAAAAAAACAGACUCGGUAAAUAUUCUCGAAGUGAGGCAGAACGUAAAGUAAGAGAUUGCUUUGCGGGAACUUUGGUUCGUGAUGUGGACAUAUUUUUUACCAGCAAAAAAGAGAACAGCCAGGCUUCAAAGAGCCAGCAGACCUAUGACAUUUUUGAUAUCAAGAAAGCAGUUGAUUAUUUUGAUCUAAAAAAGCUUAGUGAUGAUUACCGGUACCGUGUAGUAGAUGGCAAAGAAUCUAGUAAUUCUGUGUUGAAUGGUUUGGUUGAUGAAAAAAGAGCAGAAAUUAAAGAAGAGUAUGCUAAAGCCACCACAAAAAUUGAAAUUGAGCAUGGUUCUGGAUUUAUUGUUCAUGACCACUUUGUUAUUACCAAUAAGCAUGUCAUUGAAGAUGCAAAUAUAGAAAAGAAUAUUGAUAAUAAGCCUAAAGAAGUGUGCAUUUCUAACCCUUCCAUUGGUGAGCUUCUCUGUAAGAUUGCUCAUGCUGAUACAGCGAGUGAUUUAGCACUGCUUUAUUGCCAAGAGCUGAACAGCAAGCAAUGUGGAAUUACUCCAUUGCAUUUGUCCAGUGAGCCAUUGCUUCCUGGUAUGGAGAUUUUUUCUUUAGGGUACCCUAUGAGCCAUACAGGGGAAACAGCUCUCUUUGUUAAUGGUCGUGUUUCUGGUUAUAAGGAAACUUACUUAGAUUGCCGUCCUUCAUUGGCAGUUCUUAAUUUGUCACUCAACUCUGGUAAUUCUGGAGGGCCAAUCCUCCGUUGGAUUGGAAAUCAGUUGAAGGUUGUGGGUGUUGCAACACAGAAACAUUUCAAGGAGAUUCUGACUGUCGAAGAGAGGGAUAAAAUUGAAAAAAUCCGGCAAUCCUUGCAAACUAUUACUAUGCUGGAUAUUCCAGAUGAUUCAAUUAAUAAUGCCUCAUUAGACCGUGAGCAGUUGGUAAGAGUGGUAAAUAGGUAUGGCUGUAGAUAUCAAUUUCCUGAUCCUUGCCAGAUUCCAAUGUUUUUACUGACAUUAAAACUCUAUGAUGCUCUGGAAACCCACUCACAGUUCAAUUUAAGUAAUGCACUACCAGGGCAUUGUGUUAUUGAAUUCAUAAAAGAAACUAUCAGGAAAUGGGAGGGUGAGCAUAAGGAUGAGUUAGUUGAGGUGGUGAAGUGGUCUGCAGGUCGACAAAACAUUUUACCUUCUGGUCAACACUCCUCUUCAGACUGUUGUAUUCAAUAA